AUGUCCAUCGUCGGCGGGACCGGCUUCAUGAAUUACGACAGGACAGCUCAGGCUACGGGCGCGCCCCUGGCCUCGCCGGCUGUUCACGAUGCCGUGGCCGAGGAUGGCGGCAACCCGUUGGACAAGACCGUGUCGCGUGGUUCGACACGGCCUCAUGCCCAAUCCGGCGCUCAGGUGGAUGGGGUGAGUACGCCAGACUCUGACGCCACACAACAAGGGGACGACUCUGAGCUCGAGAGGCGCCACUCGAUUGUGCACUCCUUGGCCCGCCGCUACACGACGCAGUCCAACGCCGGCGCUCAAGGCGGCAACCCCUUUCACGCCGACGAGAGCUCGCCACUCAACCCGGCUUCCAAGAACUUCAGUGCGCGCGCUUGGGCAAAGGCCAUUGUGGACAUGGACACUGCCGGCUUUCGGUCCGCUGGCAUCUGCUUUCAAAACGUCAAUGUCCACGGUUUCGGUCAGGCCACUGACUACCAAAAGGAUGUCGCCAAUGUCUGGCUAGACGCAGCAGGUCUGGUGCGCAAGGCCUUUGGUCUCAGCAAGCCGCGCAAAAUCGAUAUCCUGCGCGAUUUCGACGGUCUGGUCCGCAAAGGAGAGAUGCUGGUCGUUCUGGGACCGCCUGGCUCGGGCUGUUCUACAUUCUUGAAGACUAUUGCCGGCGAGACAAAUGGUAUCUACGUUGACGAAAACUCGUACUUCAACUACCAGGGUGUGACCGCCAAGGAGAUGCACAGCCACCACAAGGGCGAGGCCAUAUACACUGCCGAGGUCGAUGUUCACUUUCCCAUGUUAUCAGUGGGUGAUACUCUGACCUUUGCCGCUCAGGCACGUGCGCCAAGAGAAUUGCCCGAGGGUGUCGACAAGAUGACAUAUUCAAACCACCUGAGGGACGUCACCAUGGCCAUGUUUGGCAUUUCCCACACAAUCAACACCCGCGUUGGUAACGAAUAUGUUCGCGGUGUGUCUGGAGGAGAACGCAAACGUGUGACUAUUUCCGAAGCAGCACUCAGCCGUGCACCACUGCAAUGCUGGGAUAACAGCACUAGAGGUCUCGACAGUGCCAAUGCUGUCGAGUUCUGCAAAACUCUGCGUUUGCAGACCGAGCUCUUUGGAGCAACCGCCUGCGUUUCCAUCUACCAAGCACCCCAGAGUGCCUAUGAUCUCUUUGAUAAGGCACUGGUGUUGUACGAGGGGCGCCAGAUCUUCUUUGGUCGCGCCGACGAGGCCAAGCAGUACUUUGUCAACCUGGGCUUCGAGUGCCCGGCCCGCCAGACCGCUCCGGAUUUCUUGACCUCCAUGACCAGUCCCCAGGAACGCAUUGUUCGUGAGGGAUUCCAAGGCAAGGCUCCGAGAACACCAGAUGAGUUUGCCGCCGCCUGGAAGAACAGUGCCGAGUACCGCAAGUUGCAGGCCGAUAUUGAGGCGUAUAAGCAGGAGCACCCCCUCAACGGCCCCGACGCAGAGGCCUUCCGUGCCAACAAGAGACAGGCACAGGCCAAGGCACAGCGCCUCAAGUCCCCGUAUACGCUCUCGUACAUGCAACAGGUCAAGCUCUGCCUGUGGCGCGGCUUCCGCCGACUGAUUGGCGACCCUAGCCUGACCCUCGGCUCUCUGAUUGGCAACUUCAUCAUGGCCCUCAUUAUCGGCAGUGUCUUUUACAAUCUACAGCCUACCACGGGCAGUUUCUUUCAGAGAGGAGCACUGCUGUUCUUUGCCUGUCUCACCAACGCCUUUGCCUCGGCCCUGGAGAUUCUCACACUGUACGCGCAACGUCCUAUCGUCGAAAAGCAGAGUCGAUAUGCAAUGUAUCAUCCUUCGGCCGAAGCUGUGGCAUCCAUGCUUACCGACAUGCCGUACAAGGUCAUGAACACGAUUGUGUACAACCUCACCCUCUACUUCUUGACCAACCUGAGGCGUGAGCCUGGUGCCUUUUUCUUCUUCCUGCUCAUCUCCUUCACCGUGGUCCUGGCCAUGAGUAUGAUCUUCCGCACCAUCGCGUCUGCCUCACGGACCCUGUCACAGGCAAUGGUGCCGGCCGCCAUUCUCAUUCUCGCCCUCGUCAUCUUUACCGGUUUCGUCAUCCCCAUUAGCUACAUGCUUGAUUGGUGCCGAUGGAUCAACUAUCUCGAUCCCCUGGCGUAUGCCUUUGAGUCGCUCAUGGCCAAUGAGUUCCACGGACGCCAGUUUGAGUGCACGGACUACGUCCCGAGUGCCGCGGUCCCUGGAUAUGAGAAUGUCGGCUCCUUGAACCAUGUCUGCAGUGCUGUGGCCUCGGUCGCCGGCAGCGCCUACGUCGACGGCGAUGCCUACAUCAACAGUGCUUUCCAGUACUACAACGAGAACCGCUGGCGCAACUGGGGCAUUACUAUUGCCUUUAUCCUCUUCUUCCUGGGCACCUACAUGGUCUCGGCCGAGCUCGUCUCGGAGAAGAAGUCCAAGGGCGAGGUUCUGGUUUUCCGCCGUGGUUACAAGCCGGCCCAGUUCAAGGAGCGCAAGGAUGAUGCUGAAGAAGGCAUGGCACGGGUUGGUCCCAUAGCCACCAACGAAAGAGCGACUGCCGGCACUGGCGAGAAGGCAACCGGUGGCGCUUUGCAGGGCUCGACGAGCGUCUUUCACUGGAACAAUGUCUGCUAUGAUAUCAAGAUCAAGGGAGAGCCGCGACGCAUUCUGGACAACGUUGACGGCUGGGUCAAGCCUGGAACCCUCACGGCUCUCAUGGGUGUGUCUGGUGCCGGCAAAACCACACUGCUUGAUGCUCUCGCCAGUCGUAUCACAAUGGGCGUCAUUACUGGUGAGAUGCUGGUUGAUGGCCGCCUGCGGGACACCUCGUUCCAGCGCAAGACGGGCUAUGUCCAACAACAGGAUCUUCACUUGGCAACCACGACAGUUCGAGAGGCCCUCAAUUUUUCGGCUCUACUUCGCCAACCCGCCGAUGUUCCCAAGGCUGAGAAGCUUGCCUACGUCGAUGAGGUGAUCAAACUGCUCGACAUGGAGGAGUACGCCGACGCCGUCGUGGGUGUGCUCGGAGAAGGUCUCAACGUUGAGCAGCGCAAGCGCCUGACAAUUGGAGUCGAACUCGCUGCCAAGCCCCCUCUUCUGCUGUUUGUGGAUGAGCCUACGUCUGGUCUGGAUUCUCAAACCUCGUGGGCCAUUCUGGACCUGCUCGAGAAGCUGACCAAGGCUGGCCAAGCUAUUCUCUGCACGAUCCACCAGCCCUCUGCCAUGCUUUUCCAACGAUUUGAUCGUCUCUUGUUCCUUGCCAAAGGCGGCCGGACGGUCUACUUUGGCGACAUUGGGGAGAACUCCAAGGGCAUGAUCUCCUACUUUGAGUCUCAUGGUGCUCCCCCGUGCCCUGCCGAUGCCAACCCGGCUGAAUGGAUGUUGGACGCCAUUGGCGCCGCCCCCGGGAGUCACACCGAUAUUGACUGGUUCCAGACAUGGCGCGACAGCACCAACUAUCGUGACGUUCAGGCUGAGCUGCAGCGACUAAAGGAUGAUGCCCCCGAGGUGCCCCCUCCCACCGAGGACAAGGGUUCGUACCGCGAGUUUGCAGCCAGCUUCUGGACGCAGCUCACCGAGGUUUCCUACCGUGUCUUCCAGCAGUACUGGCGUACCCCCUCUUACAUCUACUCCAAGGCGGCUCUGUGCAUUCUCGUCGCCCUCUUCAUCGGCUUUGUGUUCUUUGACGCCCCCAACUCGAUCCAAGGUCUCCAGAACCAAAUGUUUGCCAUUUUCAACCUGCUCACGGUGUUUGGCCAGCUAGUUCAGCAGACGAUGCCUCACUUUGUUGUCCAGCGAUCCUUGUACGAGGUUCGGGAGCGACCAUCCAAGGUCUACGGCUGGAAGGUCUUUAUGCUCUCUCAGAUCAUCGUGGAACUUCCGUGGAACACGCUAAUGGCUGUUUUCAUGUUUGUGUGCUGGUACUACCCUGUUGGCCUGAACAACAAUGCGAUUGCGGCGGGUCAGGAACACGAGCGCGGUGCUCUCAUGUUCCUGCUUCUCUGGAUGUUCCUCCUCUUCACGUCGACCUUUACCGAUAUGAUCAUUGCUGCUUUCGAGACGGCCGAGGCUGGAGGAAACAUUGCCAACCUGCUCUUCAUGCUAUGUUUGAUCUUCUGUGGUGUUCUUGCCAGCCCCAGCACCUUCCCUCGCUUCUGGAUCUUCAUGUAUCGUGUCAGUCCCUUCUCGUACCUGAUCUCAGCCAUGCUGUCCACGGCAGUUGCCAAUACAGAAGUGGUCUGCGCGUCCAACGAAUAUGUCAGCUUCGAACCGCCCUCGGGCAGCACCUGUAUCGAUUACUUGGGCCCAUACAUCGCCGCAGUAGGAGGAUAUCUGCAGGAUGACAACGCCACCGACACUUGCAGUUACUGCACCAUUCGCGACACCAAUGUGUUCUUGGCCAGCGUCCAGUCUUACUACUCGGACCGCUGGCGCAACUUUGGCAUCCUCUGGGCCUUUAUCAUUUUUAAUGUUUUCGGUGCUCUCUUCCUCUACUGGCUCACCCGAGUUCCAAAGAAGGGCAAGAAGACAGAACAACCCAAGAAAUCGACCAAGGAGCAGGUUCCUACACUUGGCACCUCUGCGCCAGCAGAAAAGACUGCCGAGUCCUCGGGUGUCUCGACCAAGGCUCAGUCGUAG